CAGCUGUUCAUCUGCAAUCGAGUGGCUGAUCUGACAAUAAAUACAAAUUUGAGUUAAAAUCGAGUCGCACAGUUGCUGCAAAUACUUCAAAGCAAUCAAAAUUGUGUAAAAAAACCACGCCCAAUGAUGGCGAACCGUGCGCCUAUGCUGCGAAUCGGCCAGCAAGAUCUAAAGUGCCGUCAGGGCUGUGGCUACUACGGCAACACACAGUUCGACGGACUCUGCUCGAAAUGUUUUCGCGAACGCAACGAUAAGCAGCGAAAAAGGCAAAAAGCUGGCGAAGAUCAUGAAACUUUGAAAGUAAAUACCAGUUCCGCUGGCGGAACUUUAGAGCGCAAAUCGCCGCAGCAUUCGCUUACAAUGGGACGUGCAAACAAAGCAAAGAAGCAACCAGAGAAAGACGAGCCAACAACAACAGCCAGCACAAUGCCCCGGAAGAAGUUUACUGUUCCAGCUGUCUUGCAAAAAACGCUGAAAAGCAAAUUUCCAACGGCUGCACCGCAGCCGCGUGUGCCAAGUGCCACCGAGAGCCAAUUUAUGUUGCAGCUGCGACAGCUACGAAUCCCGGACGAUGGCAAACGGAAGUUGAAAUCGGAGAUUCAGCAGCUGGAUCAUGAGAUACGCAAAUACAUGAACAACAAUAGCAGCAAGAAUGUGGACGAGCUUUCGGAGCUCGUGCAAAACGCCUACACCAGAUUCGCAGAUCUUGUCCACAACGAUGCCCGUUUUGAGAUUGCUACCAAUGAGGAUCGAGAGAUUGCCAUUGACUUCUUUGAGAAAGUUGUGAUGACACAGAAUCACAAUUUGCUAUUUAGUCCGUACUUUACUACAGACGAAGAAUGCGAUAUCAAAGUGCAAAAACGCAUACGGCAGUUGAGUUGGAUAACGACGAAGCAUCUGGACUGCAGCAUAGACGAAGUGAAUGCUGAGGCGCGUGACUUGGUCUACAAUGCCAUAUCGGAGUUGGUGGGCAUCGACUCUUACUACUCGCCGCAGGAGAAGCUGCUCUGCACGGUCCGCUGCUGUCGUCACAUUUUUGAGUUAUUAAAGCGAUCAACAGGAGGACCCGCCAGUGCCGAUGACUUCUUGCCGGCUCUAAUUUUUGUGGUGCUGAAGGCGAAUCCCGUCCGCCUGCACAGCAAUCUCAACUUUGUCAAUCGCUUCACCAACGCCUCGCGAGUCAUGAGCGGCGAGGGUGGCUACUAUUUCACCAAUCUCUGCUCGGCCAUUGCCUUCAUUGAGAACCUAAAUGCUGAGAGCCUGGGCCUCAGCGCAGAGGAAUUUGAUGCAUACAUGUCGGGCGAGCAGACAUACAGCACACCCUGGGAGAGCGCGCUGCUGGCCUGUGAGAGUCUGCAUCUAAUCUCAGAGAACAUGAAGUGCAUGGAGCAGUUACAGAAACGAAACUCCGUCAUAAGCACAGGCAUUAAGGAAUUUGAACGCGAGCUUAUAGAGUUCCAGCGCGAGAUAACAGAAAAGGUGGACAUGGUUAUGGAAAAGGCACCGCUCACACUGCUUCCCAUUAAAACGCCACCGUUUCUCAUAAGCCAGGCACGUGCCCAUUUGGCCCAGGAUGGCGGUGAAGCAGCUGCCGGUCACUACCAGUCCAAUUUACUCAGCCUCAGCCAACAAACGUUGACAGUUAAAGGCAAGGAACAGAUACUCGAAGAUUCUCAAUUGGACGUGGGGCACACCUUGGCGCUUAAGGAUACCAGCGUGAGCUCUGUGGGACGUCUGUCGCCUCUACAUCCGAAUUUACCGCAACCAGAUCAGCUCUUUGCCUCGCCCAUAUUUAAUUAUACACCUUUUGAUGCCGUCUCGCUGCUGGAGGAGACAUCUGAAAAUGACGACGUUUUGAUGUUGGGCACAGAGUUCCAGGGCGGUCUAACAAACAUCAACUAUGACUUCGAUUUGUCAGAUCAGAGCGGUGAGAACAGCGUUGCAGAAGACACCAAACUAAAUCUAGAUGAAUUUGAUCCGCUGGCGCAGCAGCAGAAUUCCCCCAAUACCCAUCCAGCUGAGACAACCUUAUUGGACACCACGGCUGACAGUUUGAUAGACAGCGAUGUGCCAGUCUCAGAGGUACUCUUGCCAUCGCCCUUGAAACCGGAGGUGGCCAACUACCGCGGCUUCUCCAAUUUCGAGAUUCCAAGCAUUUCCUGCAACACUGGCGACUUUAGUUCGCUCAAUCAGGAUGUCAACGAUCCUGUUGCGCCAGUUCAGAUCAACAAAUAAAUUUAUUCUCCGCAC